AGAUGACACACUAUCGAUCCUCCAGAAACAACCAAAUUAGAUUGUGAUAAGCCCCUAGUGCUGACCAAAGCCUAACUGUUCGGGGUUCCGCUGUAAAAGACAUAUACAGCAACCAUGACUGUGAAGAGCGCAAGCCGGAAUCUUCUACUCUUACUGUUGCUUAUACACACCGAAGCAACGUCAGGAGAAACCAUAGGAAAACAGAAGAGCGACGAUGUUGAAGACGAAUUUAGAUCGUCAAAGACGAGAUUUGAUGGACAUUCGACCCUGCCACAUGUGAUAAGGAUCCCGGAGGAUUACGAUAACACAACAAGACCUAGUUCGUCUGUUGUAGACAUCGGUUGUGCCGCCUACAUCGCAAGCCUUGGUCCUUUUUUGGAAAGGUCAAUGAAAUUCGAGAUCUCAUUUUACUUGUACUGCCAAUGGACCGAUCCCAGGCUAAACAUCUCGGCCGUGAUUGCUUACGUGGACGAGACGGACCGGAAGAUUUGGAGACCCCAGAUCUGGCCCGAUCCGAUGUCGGGAGCAGCACGGGCGGAUUUUUUCGACAAGCCGUAUGUAACUCCCGGAGGACUGGUCAUGGACGGUCUCAGGUACACCAUCGAAGCAACAUGCCUGAUGACGUUCUAUAACUACCCUCACGACAAACAGUUCUGCAACGUGCCCAUCUAUUUACGUGGGGGCGUGGUUGCUACUUGGAAAUUGCCACCACUCUGGGUGAAGACUGACUCGGCCAUUUCCAUCAACAUGCAGAGGGUCCGCUCCAUGUUCCGGUUAGAUCACAUGGAGUCUCUCAGUUACAUCUACAGCAAUAUGUUUCCUGAGGAAACGUGUAUAUAUCAGAAGGACUUGUGUAACUACGAAGGAUCUGAGAGCUGCUACAGGUCGGGACUAAGAUGUUCGGAAGCAGAGAACCAGAACAACGCGUUGUGCAUCAAAUGCAACAUGUUCGGAGGGAGGUGUAAAUCGUAUAAAACACCGAACUGUUCUUCCGUAAUAGAGAAAGUUACACCGCUGAAUGUUUACCUCACGACGCUGGAGUUCAGGUUUAAGUUUACCCGACGGUUGAGCUACCACCUGCUGAAGACGUACGUCCCCUCGUUCUGCGUGGUCGGCAUGUCCUGGGUAUCCUUCUGGAUCGACCCGUCUUCAGCUCCGGCCAGAACUGGUCUGGGAGUGACCACUGUACUGACCAUUGUUACGUUGAGCGGGAAAGUCGAACCAGCUCCAGAACUGAACUACAUCCGGGCUAUCGACGUCUGGAUGCUCGGCUGCAAACUCUUCGUCAUCCUGGCUCUGUUGGAAUACGCAUGCGUCAACUUUACCGUCCGCACACAGACGAGAAAGAUUGACAAAAUACUUGAUGGCGUCCACCAACAAUCAAGCAUAUCUGAGGGAAAACCGGAAGUGACGUUAUCCGCACAGGAAGAACAUGGGAACGAGACCUCCUUGAACGACCAGCUCACUCAGUUGGCCAAUAAGCGCAAUUACAGCAUGGACCACGUGUCACGUGUUCUCUUUCCAGCUGCGUACUUCGUCUUUGUGUGCACAUAUUUUGUUGCUUACAUGUAUUAGAGCUAAUGAGAAAGAAUGUUCAAUCAAACAUACGUAGUGUAAAAUGGACUAAUUGAGCACUUUUCUAGAUAUAGACACAAAAUAUUUGUUAAUGCAUGCGACAUGGCUGAUUCAGGGAAUGGAAAUGACACAAUCAUUGUCGUGUAGUAAGCCUAGGAUUCUGAGAAAGACUUGUUGUAACAGAACAGCAGUCGUAUAACAAUAUGACUGCUAAACAUUGAACAGACAAAAUGACGAAAAGGGUGAAAAGGGCUUUAUAUACAUGUAUGUUGUAAGGCAGUCUUUAAAAGUAGACAAUUAGUUGAUAAGAGUGGGUGUGUUCGUACAUAGUGCCGAAUAUAUCAAUCCUUCUGAUAUAUAUAUAUAGUUGCAGGUUGUAGAUUUAUCUGCUACGCAUUUUAAAGCUUGAGGGGGGUCUUAAAAAUUGCAAAUGAAAUUGCAAUUUUUACCGUUUUUCUGCAUGAGCAAUAUAUCGCAAUGUAAUUAUAUGAAUCACAGAUAUAAAUACACAAUAAACACAUCAACACAACAAUAGAUUUGAAGAAUACACUUAUGUAU